AUGGGUAUUACACACAGAACCACAGCAUCGUACAUGCCACAGGAGAAUCCUACUGAGCGUGCGAACCGAACUAUUAAGACACUGAUGUCACAAACGGCACGCGACGAACGUCGUACGUGGGACGAGAUGCUGCUGGAAAUCACUUUAGCCAUUAACACUGCGAAAUCGGAUUCAACAAAUUACACUCCAGCCUAUCUAGUGCAAUGGCGAGUGUUGAGACUCCCCGCCAACUUGUUCGUCGAAUGCACCCCAGGAACAGGAAAUCUGCAAGUAAUCCCUGUAGUGAAAGCCGAGAAACUACAACGUGUGUUCAAAAUCGUCCAACACAAUCUACAACAAGUCGCAACAAAUCAGGCGAAGUAUUAUAACUUGCGUCGUCGGAAUUGGAGGCCGUGGAUAAAUCAAUUAGUGUGGGUUAGACAACAUUCCCUCUCAAAUGCCAAAAACUAUUUUUCAGCGAAACUUGCACCAAAAUUCGACGGUCCAUUCAAAGUACAAAAAUUUAUAUUGCCAGUGUUAGUAGAGCUUAGCGCAGAAAAUACAGCAACAUUAACUAAGGCGCAUAUUGCCGACCUUAGGGUGCACUAUGGUUGUCCUUAA